AAACCCAGGCUCAGCAGCUCGUGCCCCCGUCCCGUCCGACCCCCCUUCCUCUCCGCCCCGCCUCCAUGGACGCGUACCACCACCACCAGCGCCGCUUCGACGGCUCCGGCUCCGGCGACGCGCCGCCGCCGCAGCCCCCUCCGCCCUCCAACUGGUAUCCCAGCCCCGCGCCGCCGUACCACCCUCCCCACCCCAACCACCCGUACCCUCCCCAGCACCACCAGUGGGGCCACCCGCCCCCCGACCUCCAGCACCAGCACCGCCCUCCGCCUCCGCUGCAGUACGCGUACCAGCCCCCUCCCCCGCCGAUGCAGCAGCAGAUGCAGCCGCCGCCGCCCGCGCCCGGGAACCCCUGGCCUCCUCACCACGCUGCGGCCCAGCCCCCGCCGCAGAGCUACCCGCCUCCGCCUCCGCCUCCGGGACAGGCUUGGCCGAAUCAUUCAUGGCCUCAAAAUCAUGGAUACCCAGGGCUUGCCAAUGAGGACGAUUGGGCCACAAAGGCAAAGGAAUGGGCUUCUGCUAAAUCUGUUACAGAGAACCACCAGAUUCAGCAGCAUGCCAUUCCAAGUAGAACAGAAAUUCACCAUUAUGGCCACAAUGAUCAGUAUCAGCAACCAGCUGGUCUGCCGGCAGAACCUUUACACCCACCAAUUCCACAAUCAAGUAGCGACCAGUUGCUGUUUCAAAUGUCAGGUCAACAGAGGGAAACAAACUAUUUGCAAGAUAGAGGUCCAAUGGCGCCACCACCGAAGAAUUUUGGUCCAUUUCCAUCCACCUAUGAGCAGGAGGUACCUUAUAAUUAUUCUUCUGCUCAAGGUAAUGGGAAUGCUAUGCUUCAAUAUCCAAGCCCACAAGCUCAGCCAUCUCUGAGUGCUUCAUCAGUUCAAGACGGAUUUCCUCGCGGGCCUCCUGGUGUGCCUGGGCAUGGUUUACAGUCUUAUAGGAUGAUGGCUGAUCCCAGUGACCAACCCUUGGAGUUCAAUGACAGAAAAGCUCCUGAUAUGGCAGUACAUGAGACAAUAAAUAUCAGAUCUAGUGCUCCAACAGCAGUGUCUGAACAUGGCACAGUUCCAACAUCAACUCAAUCAUGGGGCCCAUCUGCUCCAGUUGGAUAUUUUCAUCCAGCUCCAGUACCACCACAAGCAUCACAGAUGGAUCCUUCUUUGCAUGCUGGACCACUCUUUGGAGCACUCUCUGGUUCGAACUAUGUUCCACCUGCAGCAUUUGGUGUUGGUAGUGUAACUGAAGCAUUCCCUACAGACCCAAACACUCUUUUCAAUGUUGCAGAACGGUCAAAGAAACCUCCAGUACCUAACUGGCUUCGAGAAGAGCUUCUAAAAAAAAAAUCCACUCCAGUGAGUUCUUCAGUGCAGCAUUCGACAAAUUAUGAUUCCAUGGAUUCUGAAGAUGCUGCGGAACCACCAAAAAGAGCUGACCAAACUGAUAGUAGAAGCAUUGGUUCAGCAAAAUCAAUCGUAGCUGAUGAGGAUGAAGUUGAAGCGGCACGGACGGCAGCAAUCAACAAGGAAAUUAAACGUGUGUUGACAGAAGUUCUUCUAAAGGUUACUGAUGAUCUUUUUAACGAGAUUGCAACCAAAGUUAUGAAUGAAGAUGAUUCAUCAGCUGAACCAAAUGAGACCACUGGUGUCUCUAGCUCAAAGGACCUUGGUCUGGGAGAAUCAAAAGUCAAGACCACAGCUAAAGUUGUAGUCCCUGCUAAGCUAAACAAUGUUAGCUCUACUGGUCGUUCUGAUGGUAAUGGGCUAAGUUCUCCUAAAGGUGCUCUUCUUGGUCUUGCUAGUUAUGAUUCAGAUGACGAGGAUGAUGAGGCUGACGGUGAUGGUAAGGAUUUAAUUUCAAAUUUAUCAUCCGAAAUGAAAGUUGAUGCAGCUCAUCCUAAAGAAAGUGAGAAUGUUGAUGGUGAACUGCACAAUAAUAGUAAUGGAAGUAUUGCUUCAGUCCAAAGUGUUUCAUCCGGAGAUGAUCCUAAAUCCAGUGACAAAAGAUCUCAGAGUAGGCCAACUGCAGAAUCUGAACGAGAGCCAAGUAUUCAUGACACACAGAAUGGAGAAGCCAAAACUUCUAUUCAGCCAAUUGGUGUGAUUCAUAAAACGAAUGAGAAGGCACAUGGACAUGCAGAGGUGGAUUUCCAAAAUGGAAAAACCUCUUCCGGCCAUCAUACUGAAAAUAAUAAUAAUAAUAAUGCGGAGAGCACUCACAGGCAUUUUGAAAGGAACAGUCAUGAGAAAGAUCUUAAAGAGGUGAAGGUUGUCAAUGGGAAAGACUCUGAGCCUUCUAGAACUGACAAGUUUAGAGAUGGUGACAAGCAUAGCAUGCCUGAAAAUAUUGAUAAAAAAGGCACCCACAAAGAGGAAAAGGGUUCUGGCAGGUAUGCAAAACAUGGAUUGGAUAGAUGGGAUGAUGCCAAAAGAGAUCGAAAGGACCUUCCAAAGGAUACAAGAGAGAGAAAGAGGGAUUCUGCUGAUAGAAGAGACAUAGGAAAAGAUGGGAAUGACGACAGAUCAAGGCAAAUUACUAAGAGCUCAGCUAGCCACAGCAGUAGAAGGUCACGGUCACGGUCACCAAGUGGGAGAAGCCGUACUAGGAAUGAGAGUUCUUCACGUGUUCGAGGGAGUGUUUCAAGCGACGAGCCUUCUGAUAAUGCAAAAAGGAGAAAGAGCCAUUCUCGUAAAAACAGCAUGUCCCCCUCACCUCCAAAAUCUAGGAGCAGACGAGUUUCGCGGUCUCCACAUAGCAAGCAUUCUCACCGCAGGCAUUCACCUUAUUCAUCUGCUGAAAGGAAGAAGCGGUCCAGAUCUAGAACUCCGGUCAAGAGGAGGUAGAAGAAAGUAGGUGGUUUUGUUUGUUUCAACUAGGGUUUCUUGCCCUUUGUCCUUCCGAUGAAGAAACAGCAUUUGAAUGCCCACGAAACAAUGAUGCUGGAUCGAGCUUCCAACAAAGAAGAUGACUCGACGACCCACGUGAUGGAUGUUGUUCGAAGGAUGAUGCAUGGUGCCCAGCGGAAGAUAUGUCCAGUUUGCCAAUAUUAGGAUAUGUAAUGUUCUGUACAAGCAGCGGACUUCAUAAUUUGUAGCUCUAGCAUCCCUUUUAACUACUUUAUUACUUGUAUUUUCUCUUGGGGUCAUGUAGUACUAGUAUGCAAGGAGACUGGCCGAGUUUCGUCGGGACAUGCUGCGAUGUAAUUUUGUAUUGUUAUAUGUGCUCAUCGCC